UUAGGGUCCUGUCUACACUGCCAUACAAUGCAGUUUGAAACAACGUAUGGCCAGUGUAGAAUUGCAUUAUAUGAGUCUACGCUAAACAUUUAAUGUAGUUUCAAACUGCAUUAAAUGGCAAUGUAAAUGGAGCAGGAAUGGAAUAGAGUCUCAUGAACAGCGGAGCAACCAAGGCCCCUUGUACACUGCCAUAUAAUCCAGAUUAUCAAAGCAGAAGAAUCCACAUUAUCUGCCUUGAACUGGCUUAUCUGAGUCUACACUGCCGUAUAAUCCAGUUUAAAGCAGACAAUUUGGAUUUUAUAUGACAGUGCAGAAGUGGCCUAAGAGCACUUGUACAAUGCCAUAUAAUCCAGAUUGUCUGCUUUGGGCUGGAUUAUAUGAGUCAACGGUGCCACAUAAUAUGGCCGUGUGGAAGGCGACAAAGCUUGUGUCUGGCAACUCCAGGCGUUGCUAGGCGACCACUGGGGAAGGGCGGGCCAAAGCUGAGCGGCGCCCCUUCCCAAAAUGCCCGCCAGGGGGCCGGAUGUUUAUGUGCGUGUGAGCCACGUGAUGCCCGGGGAGGGGCGUGGCCGCAGACAGCAGCAUGGGUUUGGCGCAGGCGUGUUGCGGAGAGCGCUGUCAACUCGGCGGGGAAGCUGAGGAGGAGGAGGAGGAGGAGCAGGCUUUGCCUUUCCUCUCUUUUCCCCGGGCCUUUUCCUCCCAGAACACGGAAAUGGCCGGCCUCAUGCCCCCCUGCGUCGUGGACGCCGGCACCGGGUAUACAAAACUGGGAUAUGCAGGCAAUACAGAACCACAGUUCAUUAUCCCAUCAUGUAUUGCACUAAGAGAAUCAGCAAAAGUAGGUGACCAAGCACAGAGGAGGCUGACACAAGGAGUUGAUGAUCUAGAUUUUUUUAUUGGUGAUGAAGCUCUAGAUAAACCUACCUAUGCAACAAAGUGGCCUAUACGACACGGUAUUGUAGAAGACUGGGACCUUAUGGAAAAGUUCAUGGAACAGGUUAUUUUUAAAUAUCUUCGGGCGGAACCAGAAGAUCACUACUUCUUAAUGACAGAACCACCACUGAACACUCCUGAAAAUAGAGAAUAUCUGGCAGAAAUCAUGUUUGAAUCUUUUAACAUACCAGGACUUUACAUUGCUGUUCAGGCUGUGUUAGCUUUAGCUGCAUCUUGGACUUCACGGCAAGUUGGGGACCGUACCUUAACAGGUGUAGUUAUUGACAGCGGUGAUGGAGUGACCCAUGUAAUACCAGUGGCAGAAGGCUACGUAAUUGGCAGCUGCAUCAAACAUAUCCCCAUUGCAGGUAGAGAUAUUACAUAUUUCAUUCAGCAACUCCUAAGGGAGAGGGAGGCGGGGAUCCCACCUGAACAAUCGUUGGAGACAGCUAAGGCCAUAAAGGAAAAAUAUUGCUACAUUUGCCCUGACAUAGUAAGAGAAUUUGCCAAAUAUGAUGCAGAUCCACAGAAGUGGAUAAAGCAAUACACAGGCAUCAAUGCAAUCAACAAAAAUAAGUAUGUUAUAGAUGUUGGUUACGAACGAUUUCUUGGGCCGGAAAUCUUCUUUCAUCCAGAGUUUGCCAAUGCAGAUUUCAUGGAGUCAAUUUCGGAUGUUGUUGAUGAAGUUAUACAGAACUGCCCUAUUGAUGUCAGGCGUCCUUUAUAUAAGAAUGUGGUUCUUGCUGGAGGCUCCACAAUGUUCAGGGAUUUUGGACGGCGGCUACAGAGAGACUUGAAAAGAGUAGUUGACACCCGGCUGAGAAUCAGCGAAGAGCUCAGUGCGGGCCGGAUAAAGCCUAAACCUGUUGAAGUUCAAGUGAUCAGUCACCCCAUGCAGCGCUAUGCAGUCUGGUUUGGAGGCUCUAUGCUUGCAUCAACAAAUUCUUUGAAGUGUGCCACACCAAGAAAGAUUACGAAGAAUACGGCCCUAGCAUUUGCCGCCAUAAUCCUGUUUUUGGAAUUAUGUCUUAAUCCUCAUUCUGCAGUGAGAUCUGUUGCUGUGUCCAAUGGAGACCCUUUUGCUUAUGAAGAGUUGUGACUAUUGAAACAUGGAGUGCGGUGGAGGCCAAGUAGCCUUGAGGAAGAAUACUUCAAUCCCAUAGAAUGUGCUGGAAUCAGGCAGAGCAAUACACUGAACAACCCAGAACCAUUUCUUGACUGUUUCAUAACUGAGUGCCUUCCUUUCUCUGAUUGUCAGCAGAGGUCAUGAUUCAGAGAGAUUUAACAGGAAUUGCAGGCCUAAACCCAAACCAAAUUAUUGUCACUUUCAAAGCUUUUUCUAGAACAGGGAAGAAUGUUUAGUGGGUUCCUAUAUGGUGCUCAGUCUUGUUAUCCAAUCUGCAAGGAUGGGACUUAUUUUGCAAAUCAUUGCAUUAACCUCAUUGCCUUUUGUUUUGGUCUUUAAAGUCUUCCUUGAACAGAUAAGAUUUCAGAAAUGGUGCCUUACUUUUCUAAAAAAUUGAACAAACAUUUUAUGCUGGGAACUUUGUACAAUUGUUGAAGCAGAUUGCCUGAGUUGAGCACCAGCUGCGAGUGAUGUCAUGGAGAUGAUAAGAGAGAGAUGCCUGAAUUUCCACCUGAGGCAAGGUUUGUUUGAACUUCAGACUGUUGAAGGGUUUUCUUUGAUUACAUGUGUGCUUUUAGAAAUGUAUAUUUAUUGAUUUUAUUUUAGUGAUGUUUAGUGAUGUUUGAAAGCAUAUGAAAAAUAGUACAUGAAAUGAAUUAUUGCCUAUUUAUUUAUUUAUCUUAUUUUUUUAAAAAAAACUGGGAAUGAAGGAGUAGUCAAAUGAAAAGCUGUUGGUUACAUACUGGUGAAUAAAACUUUGUUGACAUGCUCAUACAGAUUAAUCAGCAGCAGUGCAAUCUUCUCUGUGUGGUGGAAAGCAUUUUUUCUGGGAAACUCCAUAUUUGUUUCUCUGUAUGUGUUCUGAGAAGGUCAAAUCCAAAGGUUGCAGUAAGGGCCACUGAUGAAUGUGAUGAUGCCUAGUUGCAAAAUAAGGUAAGGGAUUGAACCAGUAAGAUGGGAAGUAACAGUAGUUGUCAAGAAAAGGAUUUGUUGGAUGACAUUGUUGUUUUGAUAAGAAAUCUAUGUGUGCAUCUACAUUAUAGAAUCAAUGCAGUUUGGCACCACUAAAUGCCAUUGCUAUAUUUUAUGGCAUAUUGGGAGUUGUAGUUUGCCGAGGCACCAGCAGCCUUUGGCAGAGGAGACUAAAGACCUUUUAAAACCACAACUCCCAUGAUUCCUUACCAUUGAGCCAUGGCAGUUAAAGUAGGGUUAAACUACAUUAAGUGUAGAUGCACCUUGCAUAAACUUACCAUGAUAUGUGAAAUAUAUUACACUAUAAUAAUUAUUUUAAAGAAACAUACACAUUGCAUUUAUUUUGUGAGUUGUGGGCCAUUUUCAAACCCUAAUUCCAAUAUAUGGGUAAAAAAAUUCAGGGCAGAGUAAAACAAAAUAUUGCAAAAUGUACUGCAAAAUAAAACAAAAUCAAAAGAACAAUAUCUUUGUUGACCAACUGAGGUGCACAAAAGAUGUUUAAAAAUUGAACAGGAAAAAAUAUAAGAACAAAGUCUCUGGUCUACAUUUUGUAUCUGAUGUUGUCUCUGUGUCCAGUUGACCUGGAUUACACCAGAUGAUCAGUUUAUUAGAUAUGAUUAAAGCACACUGAUUUCAGGAAAAAUCAAUGACCAAAAAUAAUAUUUUUAUUUGAAUCUUCAUAGCCUUGAUCCUUUCGCCAUUGGCAACUCAUGGAAAAGCGAGUUACAGCAAAUCAUUACAGACAUUUAAUAUUUGACCCUAAGCCUCACCAUCUGUUCGCUUCUUGUCGGUCCAGUGAAAAUUUUUGAAUGCGCAUUCAAAGUCUAGACACUGCUGUUACCCAUUGUGAGACUUUGACAUAUAAAUCCAUAUUUAAUGUGCUCAGAUCUUUUUUUUCACUCAGUGGUACAGGUUUCCUGAACAGCUUGAUAGAUACAGACUACGUUGGCCCAUGACCUUGGAGCACAUUGAAUAAGAAGGAAGUCAACUGAAGGAAGCUUUUAUCUGAAAGUUGUGCAGUAAUUCUAAGAGGAAAUGAGCAGUUCAGCCAACAAUGUAUGGAGUCACUUGCGCCAAUUAUUUUGAGUUAUUUUGCAAAUUUGAAUGUCUAGUUUUCUGUCUCAUAUGCAUAUCCAUUGCACUGUCUCACUGGUAAAAGUUUUAAUAACAUUUUGGUUUCCAUAUUAUAAAUCCGAAGAGCGCUGUGCAUACGUCUCACUGUGGAACGUUCAAUUAAAUGCAAUUAGCAAAAGCCUUGACGUGACUUGAAGUGCUGAUCUUCGUGUAAAUAAUUCAUUCUUUAUGAUCAUGCUGUUGUCUCUCAUCUGGAAAAAUAACACUGUUGUGCCAAAUGAGUUGUCUGAAGAUGCCAGAGUGAAAAGCUUGCUCAAAAUCACCAGGGACAGAAUGAAACAGGAAUAUAUUAUCUCCUGCUUAAUUCAGAGGUAUUACAUAAUGUCAGAGUGAAAUGAUAAUAACCUGAAAGAAUAUAAGCUCAGAACCACCAAGAUGGCUUGUGAAUUAACAUUUACUAGUGGCGUUUCUCUAGCUGUGUUCUAUCUGUAAAACAAUUGUGGACAUUUGUAGUUUUUCUCUUGGACAGAAUUAGUUGAAAUGAUUUUUCCAUUAGGACUGUGUGAAAAGAUGAGAAAAGACAAGAAGAUGAUUUGUAUUUGUCAGAUAUAGGCAGCAGUGGAUGCAAAUUUGGAAUUUGAUAUCCUCAUAACAGACUUGGAGAAAGGAAAAUGAUAGGAAAUAAACUUUGUUAUGGCUUUAUCUGUGAUUGCAAUAAUAAUUGGUUUUCAGUC